AGGAGCAUCACGCAGCCCCUGCGAGAGAGGGAGUGAAAUUCCUGCUAAAAUACACCCCCAGCCCCGCCGCUGAGCAGAGCCGGUUUGUCCUCUAGGCGGUCCCUGCUGCAGGAUGAAUUAGGAAGGCAAGGACUCUUCUUCUGAACCAUGGAGACAAGGGCGUCUUUCAUUGCCACCAUGCCAGAGACCCAACAUCUCUCCCCGGAGAAGGGUCAGAGCCCGGCCAAUGGCAACAUGGAGCAGUUUGAUUCAGAUGAGGGCUCCAGCAUUGAGGACGCAGACUUCAACUGGGACGAGUUCCUGGAGGAAACAGGAGCCAGCGCAGCUCCCCACACCUCCUUCAAACACGUUGAAAUCAGCCUUCAAAGCAGUUUCCAACCAGGCAUGAAAUUAGAAGUGGCCAACAAGAGCAAUCCAGACACGUAUUGGGUGGCUACAAUCAUUACAACGUGUGGACAGCUCUUACUGCUCCGUUACUGUGGCUAUGGAGAUGACCGCAGGGCAGAUUUCUGGUGUGACGUGAUGACAGCAGAUCUUCACCCCGUUGGCUGGUGUACACAGAAUAACAAGGUCCUGAUGCCUCCAGAUGCAAUCAAAGAGAAAUACUUGGACUGGACGGAGUUUCUCAUCCAUGAUUUGACCGGCGCCCGGACUGCCCCUGCCAAUUUACUGGAAGGCCCUCUGCGAGGAAAAAACCCUGUAGACCUCAUUACAGUUGAUUCCUUAAUAGAGCUGCAGGAUUCCCAGAAUCCCUUUCAGUACUGGAUAGUUAGUGUGGUUGAAAAUGUUGGAGGAAGAUUACGCCUUCGCUAUGUGGGAUUGGAGGAGACUGAAUCCUAUGACCAGUGGUUGUUUUACUUGGAUUGCAGACUUCGACCAGUCGGUUGGUGUCAAGAGAAUAAAUACAGAAUGGACCCACCUGCAGAUAUCUAUUCUCUGAAGACUAUAUCUGAGUGGAAAUGCGCUCUGGAAAAAUCCCUUAAUGAUGCAGCAAAUUUUCCUCUUCCAAUGGAAGUGUUCAAGGACCAUGCUGAUUUGCGAAACCACUUCUUCACAGUGGGGAUGAAGCUGGAGGCGGUGAAUAUGAGAGAGCCAUUUCAUAUCUGUCCUGCAUCAGUGACCAAGGUUUUUAACAAUCAUUAUUUACAAGUGACCAUUGAUGACUUGAGACCUGAACCCAGCAAAAUCUCAAUGCUUUGCCAUGCGGAUUCCUUAGGGAUCUUGCCAAUACAGUGGUGCCUUAAAAACGGAGUCAAUCUCACACCUCCCAAGGGUUACUCUGGCCAGGACUUUGACUGGGCAGACUACCAGAAGCAGUGCGGAGCGGAGGCAGCGCCUCACCUGUGCUUUAGAAAUACAUCCUUCAGCCGUGGCUUUACUAAGAACAUGAAGCUGGAGGCAGUGAACCCCAGGAACCCUGCAGAGAUUUGUGUCGCUUCUAUCACCUCAGUUAAAGGACGGUUAAUGUGGCUUCACCUUGAAGGUUUACAGAUGCCCUCUCCAGAGUACAUAGUUGAUGUAGAGUCUAUGGACAUUUUCCCCGUUGGCUGGUGUGAAGCGAAUGCUUAUAACCUAACUCCACCACACAAAGCUGUUUUGCGAAGGAAGAGAAGGAUUGCAGUUGUGCAACCAGAAAAGCAGUUGCCAUCCACAGUGCCUGUUGAGAAAAUACCUCAUGACCUCUGCCCGGUUCCUCAGCCAGACACAACAGGCACCAUCAAUGGGAGAUACUGCUGCCCCCAGCUCUACAUCAACCACCGCUGCUUCUCAGGUCCAUAUUUAAACAAAGGCAGAAUAGCAGAGCUACCUCAGUCUGUCGGGCCUGGCAAGUGCGUGCUGGUCCUCAAAGAGGUUCUCAGCAUGGUGAUCAAUGCAGCCUACAAGCCAGGGAGUGUUUUACGAGAAUUGCAGCUCGUGGAAGACCCUCAGUGGAAUUUCCAAGAGGAAACACUUAAAGCAAAAUACAGAGGGAAGACAUACAGGGCGACUGUUAAGAUUGUGCGGACCUCGGAUCAGGUGGCGGAUUUCUGCAGAAGAGUCUGUGCAAAGUUGGAGUGCUGCCCCAACUUAUUCAGUCCUGUUCUGGUGGCUGAAGUCUGCCCAGAGAACUGCUCCAUUCAUACUAAAACCAAGUACACUUAUUAUUAUGGGAAGAGGAAAAAAAUCAUUAAGCCACCGAUUGGGGAAAAUAACAACAUGAAAAGUGGACAUGUGAAGCCAGCCAGACGCAGAAAAAGGCGGAAAUCCAUCUUUGUGCAGAAGAAGAGGAGGUCGUCGGCUAUCGAUGCGAAUGCUGCGGGCUCUGCAGAGGAGAGCGAAGAUGACGAGCCGGAUGUGAUGGAGGACGAGACGGGAAGUGAGGAAACCAGCUCAGAGCUCCGGGAUGACCAGACAGAUACCUCUUCUGCUGAGGUCCCCUCUGCCAGGCCCCGGCGAGCGGUCACCUUGCGGAGCAGCACUGAGUCAGAUAGACCUCCUCCCAUGGAGAGAGCCCGACGGAGCCGGAGACCGCAGCCCCACUCCUACAGCGAGGCGGAGAAGUGCACCCAAGUCAAGGAAGAAAUGAAGCAAGAAGAAGAAGAGAAGCUCAUCCUGGACAGCAAUCCAUUGGAGUGGACCGUGACUGAUGUCGUGAGGUUUAUUAAACUGACCGACUGUGCACCUCUUGCCAAGAUAUUUCAGGAGCAGGACAUCGAUGGCCAAGCCCUUCUGUUGCUGACACUGCCCACAGUGCAAGAAUGCAUGGAGCUGAAGCUUGGCCCAGCCAUCAAACUGUGUCACCAGAUCGAGCGAGUAAAAGUUGCUUUCUAUGCACAAUAUGCCAACUGACUGCACUUCUCCAUUUCUUUCCGUUCUCCUUCUUCUUCCCUCUCUUUUUUAACAUUUCACCUUGUUCAAGGGGUUUUUUCUCCCCUCUCCCUUUUCUUUUCCAAGAACCCAUGGAAUUGGAAGCACUGGGAAUUAAUCUGUAGGGGAAAAAAAAAAAAGACAACCAACCCACAACAGAAAACUAGCAACAAAUUGAACUCAUUUUCUGUACUUGUAAAGCACAGUGAAAGACUGGUGGCAUCUCUCCCCGUGAGCCUCACCAACCCGUUACGCAGUGGUGCAAGGCCAGCAUGGAUCAGAUGGUUUGUUGUUCAUUAAAACAAAGUUAUGGAUGACAGAUGCAUUGCCAAGGAGAAGGGUGGGACGUUUCUGGAUGAUGAUGGUUUGUCAAGGUUAAUUUCUGGACACGAACAAUUCUUUUAGCCAUUUCUGACACACUUCUUUCAUAUUGAAAUGUAAGUGAUCCUUUGUAGCAUCGCCUGGGGUUUACUGCAAAUUUGGUCUUAGGGAUCAAUGAGCUUUUUUUUUUCUCCCACCUCUCCAGUCUUACAAAAGGAAAAAGUGUUGUGCCAGUCAUAAUGCUGUUUGUUUUACUGAUUUGUAAAAGAGGACUCGACCCACGGUGUCAGACAAAGCUGCAGCGAACUGACAGGGGUGCAACAAGACCGAGUGCACAGAAGCACAUCCUGAGGUGCACUGGCUGUGCACAACGAGCUGAACAUCUCUGUGAUGGGAUCUGUACAGUGCUGCAUUCUUGUGAAGGAACACGAAUGCAUGAAAGCUUUCAUAGUCAAGCCCAUCCUCUUAAUUCCGAGUCACUUUAAAGGCCUGACUUUGAGCCCCGUGGGGUGAAAAAAAGGUUAUUCGGAUUUAAUGAUGAGACUGUUGAAGGAGUGCUGGUUUCAUUUGCACCUUCAUGAAUCUGGUUGCUAAGUGGGAAUAAAAAGCAUCAAUGUUUUCAGGCACCAUACACCAUGGUGCUUUAGACCAGCUGAGGAUCCAGCCCAACUCAGUCUAUAUAAAGCCCCCAUAGUGUCCCGAUGACCAGUGAAACUGGGGGCUUGCUUCAUGCCAAGCAGAGUAAGCACCGGGGAGGGUGAAGAAAUGGGUUGGUCGCCUUGGGUUUCCCUCUGUUGUGUUAAUACGAGAAAUAUUUCCCAUUUACUUAGCAGGGAUGUAUGACCCCGUUAGUCCCACAUGUUGAGCCUGAAUUUGCUGUAACUUGGCAGGGAUCAGUGGCAUCACAGUGACGUAAAAUUCUCCCAAAAGCAAGAACCAUACUGGGGCCAAGUCUGAAUUUUGUUCUGACUUUAAGGUGCAAGUGAAUCCUUCCCUCAAAAAAUGAUUUGGGUGGUUCGUGCUGAGUUUUAUCCUGAUUUCAUAGGAAACCACUGAUUUCAGGAGGCUUUUGUUCUCAAACUAUAAACAGGUGCCUGUUUCCUGGCCUCGGGGAACCAAGCUUGGAAAUUGUACACAGCUCCGUUACAGUGCUGUGAUGCCAAAGCCCACUCAGUGAAGACAUCUUGAAAAAGAAGUGUCAUUUCUAGCCCUAAAUCAGAAGGCAGUGCUUAUGGCCAGAUAACCCCCCACCUCAAGCACUUGCCAUAUGGGUCAGCUAGUCCCACUGACCACGGUGUGCUCAGAAAAACCUACUGGCCAACACCAGGCUGUAGCUGCUGCUUUCUCCUUCAUCGAUUUCCUCCUUAACUUCUUUGGAUUACAGAAAGAAAGCCUCAGAAAUAAAUAUUCUGAACUACAUCUGAAUCCACCUUAGAGCAUGUGUUAGGGAAGAAGUACUGACUCCGUUUGCCAUGUGUCACUGGGGACUUUCUAGUCUCUCUUGCAGUGAGUUUCCUGAUUUGCCACUGAGGAAUGUGAUGGGAGCAACCACUGCAGGCUGGGCCAGAACCUGCCAUCUCCUGAGACUUCAUCAAAAAUUUUCUCACGUGGGAGAUCAGCAGGACUGGAUCCGUUCUCAGCUGUCGUCUUGUACCGAAGAACUUGUUCAAGUUAUAAUCAACUGAAGGGAAAAGUAGCGUCCUCUGCAUCAAAUGAUCUUUUGUUUCUCGGAAAUCCAGGAAUAGGGUGCAGUAGUGGUGCAGACAUUCAAAAACUGGUUUUUAGACUGAAUUUCCUACUGACAAUAGCAGUGGACUGUGUCCAUGCAACUGGUUUGAUAACAACUUUCGAUCCCUCUGAGGAUCCCCAGAAACGUUGCUCCUUGUUUCAUCUCUGAAGACAAAAGGAUUGUGCCCAGAAAAAUAAGAAAAGCAGGAAGGGUGCUUCUCCCAGCUCCUCCUUGCUUCAGCCCUCCAGUGGCUGAUGUAACAUCUGUCAGCAGGAGAAAGCUCCCAAAAGACUGCUGUCAGGAGAACGGGCGUACGAGGACAUUUCAAGGAAGGGAAGCAGAAUAGCUGUUUGAUAAACCUCCCAGCACUGAUCCUUUGCUUACCACAGCCACCUUCUUCUGAAGCAUCCUUUGGUGCUCUGAUGUUUUUGGAGUUCCUGGCCACUUAAAUUUGUCAGAGACAUUUAACACUUUCUGGGACACAUUGCAAAAACAUCAUUGUUUUCUCCAUCAACUUUGUAACUGUAGAUAUUCCUAUGGCAGCUAACUACUCAUGGAGGCACGGUCGGGGAGCAGACAGCCAUAGACUCUGAGGGUGACCAUCUCUGAUGUUGGCUAAGCAGGGGAUGGGUGAAGCGUUGAGCCCAGCACAUGGGAGUCUUUACUGAUUGUUCAGGGAAGUUAAAUCAUAUUUAAACUCACCUAUUAAACAACAACAAAAAAAGAGUUUUAAUUUUAGCUUGCGCCGGCUCUUUUAUUUCCUCAGGUUUCUCUCUCUCCUCACUAUUUGUCUUUCAAUUUAUUGUUCUUCAGUGUUGUCUCGUUUAUCACUCUCUGUCCUUUUGGAGAAGAUGAUAACCUGAAAUUUUUAUCCUAAAAUUACUUUGGGUAGUAAAUGCUUUAUUAUUUCUUUUAGUCUGCGGGUUGGGAAGAAAUAGGGGAUUGGGCUACUGUUAUCUGUUGCACUGACUGUGCUCCAGAAAAGCUGGAGCUGAACUUCUUAGAAAAUUCCUUAAGCAAGUGGAAAAUGAACCGUGCGUAGUUUAACUGGACAGUGUGCUUAGAUUUUCACUUACAGAGAUCAGAAGGAACUACUUACUCUUGCCUGGAUUUAAUUUCAAUGCUGGAAACAUUAGCAAAGCUUUGGAGUAAUGUGCUUCAAAGGAGAUGCUGGAAACCUGAUCUUGUUAGCGUAAAACAUCACUUUACUUUGCAAUGUAGAAGUAUAAGCCACUGGAAGGUUUUUUUGGUCCAGAUGCGGUUCUGAGUUAAAUUCAGAGCUGGUGCAACUUCAUAGAUACACUGAUGAUACUGGUGAAGCCACAUCUUCUCCCCUGCCUGUUAUAAAUUUGGCAUCCAGGCCUGAAGUUUGUUGUGUUAUCAGCUACAAAAUGCCACCACUGCGAAGUGCUGAACUCGUGAUUCUCCAAGACCAUUACCAAGGGCUGAGGAGCAACCCUGCUGUUGCUUUUGGGCUGGUGGAUGCUGAACUUCGACACAUUCACGCAUAUCACUUUGGUCCUACAAGAAGGGUGUGCAGGCAUCUUUUAUUGGCCUCUAUUCAUUCAGGCAUAGGACCAAAUAUGGGCAUUUCUGGAGCAAAAUUAGGGGAUUGAAGAGUGCCUGGUACCUGCCCAUCUUCAUCUGCACUGGCUCCUUUUGAGCUUGCACUCAGUCUGGUUGAACAGAUCCAUGGGCAGGUCCCCGCUCCCUUCCCAAUUCCCUCAGCACUUACCUUGACAGGAUCAGCCAAUUCCCAGUCUUCAGCCCCAAAGUACCAGUCUCUGAAAUAGGAUUAAAGCAUUAACUGAUGGGAAUGUCCAUGGUUCCCUGGCUGGUUGUCCUGCCUUCCUCCUGCUGUCAUGGAUACUCCUCUCCCACCUUGAAGAAAAAUGCUCUCUUUGGUUUCAGAACUCUUCUCCCCUGUCCAGGUCAAAACCACAUUCCCAUCCACACUCCUGUCUUUUUUCUCAAUGCCAGGAUGAC